UUCGCAAUAGCUUAGGAACUUGAUUUUACGAAGGAGAUAAAACCGAUCAGUUGCCACCAUUGGCCACAUUUGUAUACAAGCAUUAGCCUAAUAAGACCAUCAUCUGGACGGCGUCGGGCGUUGAAUAUUAUUUAUCUGAUGCGGCGACGAAGCAUAUCGUUAGAGAAACGUAAGAGCAGCUUAAGUUCGACUGAUCAAGAUUCAGCGAAAAAGCGAAUACGUAUAAUGGAAGAGAAGCAAAUGUCUAACAGCGAAGAAAUAAGGAAUGUCUCUGAAAAUAAUACCCCGAAAGAGCAGCGGACAGUGUUUUCACCAAUUUUACCUAUAUAUAUCAAAAGUUUUUCUGAAACACACAUGGAAUCGACUAUAAUUGACCACACAUGGAAAAUUAAUCAAUUUUUACGUUUUCAUGAGAUCAAGAAUGCGAUAACGUUUUCAUCGUUCCCGGAAAUAGAUAAAUGCGAGAUUCUAAUGAAUGUUUCACGUCAACCUGAUACGAGUUAUGUAAUAAAAUUUUAUAUACUUACUAGUAACUCAUUUGACGGUUCAUGUAACACAUCUAUAAUGCUAGAGCCUGAAACAGUUAUAUCAGUUAAUUUUAUUUCGGGUCAUAUAAUGUCAAAUAUGACAUUAUUGA